AUGAGGGCCCUUGGUCUUUCGGUGGACAUAUGGAUUCAGCUUCAUGGUUUGCCGAUCGGUUAUACGUCGGUCGCAAUCCAGGAGCAGAUUGGGAAUUUUAUCGAAACCUUUUUGAAGGCUGACGAGCGGUUUGUGGGAGCCCCAUGGCUGGACUUCUACCGCAUUCGAGUCGCACUGCCGAUGGACAAACCUUUGAAAAGGAGAAUGAAGUUACUGAAGCGAGACAAGUCUUGGAGUUGGAUUCUUUUCCGGUAUGAACAUCUCCAUAACUUCUAUUUUUGCUGUGGGAUGCUUGGGCAUGUGUAUAAAUUUUGUUUGCGGGCGAGAGAAGCUAGAAUCCCCGUAGAACAGUUUCCGUUUGGCCUGGAAUUACGUGCAGGCGUGAAACGGGGUCCGUGGGGCGUGGGGGAUAGUUGGCUUGUUCCAGUCGGCGGGCCGCCGCGUGCUGUUGACGGUGAGCGUGUUGGUUCGACGGGCAGUGUUGUGGCGGCUACUACACUUGUCACGCCUGAGAGGCAGGAGGCAGAGAUGGGGGUGGUGGCAGUCUCUAAGAGGAGACGGGAGGGCUCAGGUGGUGGAGUCAGGCGCCAAACGAAUGGAGGUGGUGAUGUUCAUAUGACCGAAGUGUCAAAAAACUUGCAUGUGGCGGGUUCUGGUUCCCAGACCCGCCCAUCAUCAUGA